CAGUGAUUCCACCUUCCCUGGGCAGCCUGUGCCAGUGCCUCACCACUCUUUGUGAAAAGAUAUCCAAACCUACAGCACUUACUGAGCAGUUAAAUGUGAUUGUGAUGUAGGGGAGAAGGGGUAAGCUGUGAGAGCAACUUAAGGAACAGUGCAGUCUGUCAAUGCUUCUUUUCAGGUGAUAAGAGAUGAGUGUGUUGAUGUCCUGGUGGCUGCUGCUCCUUCUGGUCAACUUUGGCUCACCUGCACCCAGGUUUUCGGAAAACGAUAUUUGCCUCCUAGACAACAAUAAAUUGAGGCAAAGGUUAAAACAUCUUCAAGAUCUGCUUUACUUAUAUGAACUGCAGCUGAAGGACAUCCUGGAGAACACUUAUCAUAGGACAAAAAGUGGGCUUUUCUCAGGCAACAGGAGCAUGCAGCAUGAGGCUCUUUUACCCACAACCAGUGGAAAUUUGAUAGUCUAUGACCAAGAUUGUUCUGCAGUGUAUAAUAGGAAGAAGACCAAAAGUGGCUACUACCGAGUCAGGCCCAGGGCAGACCAAGAGCCUUUCCUGGUGUACUGCGACAUGUCUGAUGGUGGUGGAUGGACUGUAAUUCAGCGACGGAGUAAUGGCAGAGAGAAUUUCAACAGGAAGUGGAAUGAUUACAAACUGGGAUUUGGGAAGUUCCAGGGCAAGAAUGAUGAAUACUGGCUGGGCAACGACCACAUCUAUGACCUGCUUGCUAGAGGAGAGAACUCAUUAAAGAUUGACCUGAUGGACUGGCAUGGGGAAAGACGUUAUGCAGUAUAUGAAAACUUCCAGCUCACCAAUGAACAGGACAACUACAGGUUAUGGUUUGGCACCUACUCUGGUAAUGCUGGUGACGCUCUGUCCGGUGGGAGCAGUUUUGAGGAUCAGUGGUCAGCCUCUCACAGAGGGAUGCAGUUCACCACAUCUGACAAGGAUCACGAUCGAUUCCUGGCAGGCAACUGUGCAUUGGAGAGCAGUGGUGGUUGGUGGUUUAACAGGUGCCACGCUGUAAACCUCAAUGGACGUUACUACAAAACAGGAAGGUACAAUGGAUCCCAUGACAAUGGCAUUGUUUGGUCUACGUGGCACGGGAUGUGGUACUCGCUCAAAUUCUCGGCCAUGAAAAUCAGGUCUCCGUUCUUUGUUGACAGUGAGAGUGGAGAUGGUGAGGAUGGUCAGGGCAGCUGAAAUCUGCUGCUUUGAAAAGUGAAAAAGUAUAAGAUGAAAAGAGUUUUGUAAAUUAAUAGCCAGCUUGCUGCUGCUGCCAAUUGUCAAAACUGCACUGUGGUAACUGUAGUUGCAGCUGUUUCUUCUAGCUGAGUUGUGAGUUGUUUGAGGACAGCCAGCCAACAAUCUAAUGAAAAAUGUACAGAAAACCACAGCUUCCUUUUUCAGCAGUUUUUGGGACUUCACUGCAGAGUGUUUCUGAAAAGCUCUUUGGAUCUUGAAUGAUCAAGCACAUUCAUUUAGCUACCUGUACUCCUCAAGGGUAGGUCUUUUGUAUCUUGAUUGUGAUGGUCAGUGCCUGAGAACAUGAUAACAGAAACAAUGAGGUGAUAAGGAAUUGGACUUCAUCUGGUGUGCCCUCAUUAGUGCUUUGAUUUGGAUUAGCAGCAUGUUUUUAAGCAACUCUCUAUGGUCACCAAUUGCUACAUUUUAGUUUCAGAACACACCUAGAAUGUGAAACCAAGCCAGAAGAUGGAUUUCUCCAACAGCUAAUAAGCAACCUGACUAUUUUCAAGUAAGACUACUUCAAAGUAAGCCCCCACAGCAUGAGCAAUGUUGAUGCUGCAUUUCACUGUUCCCAGCUUUGCUCUGCAGAGCCACUUCUACAGUAUACUGGGGCGUGCUAAUGCAAUCAUAGACAAUGCUGGUAACUAUAUUUAAGUCUCAGAUUUGAAUAAGGCAGAUUUUACUAAAUUUAAGAUUAGAACAGAUACCCUUGAGAUUGCCUUCAUAAAGGCAAUCAUGAUCCAUCUUUAUGUUCUCAUGUAAUUUACCAGACCACUUUAGAAUUAUUGAAUCAUAGAAUUGUUAGAGUUGGAAGGGACCCCCAAUGGCCAUGUGGUCCAACUCCCUUGCAAUGAACAG